AAAGAAGAACCAAAUUGAAAUAAAACAUGGGGUCGAUCUCUUCCCUGGCUUCUGGAAAUGAAUACAAUUCAACAAAGAAUCAGACAAAUCCAAGUAGAUACUGUGGCUAUGUUGAAGGAAAUCAGGAUAUUAAUCAAGUACAAAUGUAUCUAACAACGAUCUUAACUUUUAUUAUCUCUGGUUUUGGAUUUGUGGGAAAUGGAACUGUCAUCUGUCUUCUGCUCUUCUACAUUAAGAGAAAUCAUUUCACCACCUAUAUCUUGAACCUCUCCGUUGCUGAUCUGGGUGUAGUCACAGGUCUACUCUCUAUUAACGCAUACUGGCUUGUAAGUCGGUUGCCUAUUGUUAAGUAUGAGGAUCCACUGAAGUCAAUAUUCCGUACCUUCUUCCUAGUCAUGUAUUGCACCAGCCAGUUUCUACUGACGGUAAUCAGCAUUGAUAGGUGUGCAUCUAUCUUCUUCCCAAUAUGGUAUCGAUAUCACCAACCACAAAAAUUUUCCAUCAUUGUGUGUGCUGUAAUCUGGAUCCUCAUCACCCCACUUUUUCCAGCUCAUAUCAGCCUCUACCUGCAUUUAAGAUACUGUGAAAUCUGGUUCUAUCUAUUUCUCAUGAAUGCCGUGCUUUUCACUCCAGGCAUGACUGUCACCACUGUGGCCAUUUUAAUUAAAGUCUGCUUAAUAUCACCACAGUAUAAACGAGGGAAGAUUUUAAUUGCCAUCUUGCUUGCUCUCCUCUUCUUCCUCCUCUUUGCUUUACCAAUGAAUAUUAUACAGUACCUUUCUUUUAAAGUCCCUAAUUUUGACCAUUCCUAUUUUUAUGAAUAUGGCUACAUAUGUGCAGCCAUAAACAGUUCUGUCAAUCCAUACAUUUAUUUCUUCAUUGGGAGAGGAAAAGGUGGUCAAAAUAGGAAAAAAAUACAUAAAAUACUUCAGAACAUUUUCAAAGAGGAAGACAGUAGAGCACUAGAAAAUCCCAGUUCAAAUUCAACAUACAAUGCUUCCAUUAAAAGUGCAAUAGCAACUGUCUAGUUUGAAUUAUGCAGAUGCGACUUUCCCUUCCUAUACAUGUAAAUGUAUUGAGAAAUUGAGUCUAUGAUUACAACAAAAAUGUGUAUAUAGUCCAUACUUUAUGUGUACAGGCUAAGAUCCUUCUGAGAUCCCACUCAAGCACUGGUGGAGUAGUGGCAACAUUUCUCCGCUUCCUGGCUUGUUGAAGAAUUCCCAUAGGAAAAUUUAUUAAAGGAAAUGUGAUUAUGUAUACUUGGAAGUGCCACUGAUAAUUGUGAAUACCAGAUUUCUCCAAUCUCUUGCCUCCAAAGACCCUCUGGAAGCUAGAUACUGGAGAAACAUUCUGCCUGGAGCUGACUUACUUCUUCUCCAGAUAACAUAGCUACAGGGUGACCUCAGUAUAAGUGCAACUGCUAGCACAGUGGUUCUCAACCUGGGAUCCCCAGAUGUUUUUGGCCUACAACUCCCAGAAAUCCCAGCCAGUUUACCAGCUGUUAGGAAUUCUGGGAGUUGAAGGCCAAAAACAUCUGGGGAAUCCAGGUUGAGAACCACUGUGCUAGCAUAAAAGACAAAUCCCACCGAAGAGUGAUAACAUCAUUACAACAGAUUGUGAAACAGAACGAGAAUAAAUCAAUAUAUUAAAAUUAUCAGAAAUGAAAUGCCACCUGAACAUUAGGAAGCACUUUUAAAUAUUAAGAGUUCUUUGAUGGCGGUAUAGACUGGUUUAGAGAAUGAUGGACUGCAUUGUCAGAUUUGUUUAUACAAACAAAAUGGAUUGGCAUCUUUCAGGGGUGUUUUAGUUGUGGCCCCUUCCAACUCUAGGAUUCUGUAAUUUUGUGUGUAGACCUGGGUUCAGCUCUAUACAAUUUCUAUCACCUGUAAAAAAAA